CACCUAUCUACUCCAUGGAUCUAUGGAAACUCUAGCUAGACCUGGAACUAUAUUUCACUUUGUAUUUAUAUUAUUGUCGUGAAAUCGGAACAUCCUAGAGAUCGGUUUCUUCUUGGACUCUUUCUACUUAUUUGAUUGUAUCGGCAAAUCUUUGUUUUGCCUAUUCUACUAGUUAGACGGUUUAAUCUGAUAUACAAAUAGCUUCGUUCCUCCAUACGUAUACUACAUAGAACAAACCUUAGCAGCUAAGCUUGCAGAACCCCUACUUCAGUAUGCCUACAAAUCCAGGGGGUAGACCGCCCCGUCGCCCUCACGACUCUGGGGAUCGUACGAACAGACCACGGCCAAAUCAUUACCACCACGAUAGCACCAGACCAGAACCAGGCCGGACAACAGUCCGCAGCGAUCCCUGGCAGUCGGUUAGUGCGUUGCAACUAGGACUUCACCCACGCCCCUUCCGUGAGCUACACUUCGAGCGCAUGUAUCUCCUGGAAAAGCUCCAGCAGCACGACGAACGGGCCCUCCAACUAUUCGGUAGAGUCCCCGACGUCGACGAGCAAAUCGAACACGCUAAAAACCAAUCUGAAGAUAGGCGGGCGAAGAAACUCCGCGGCUGGCUGAGGCACCGCAUCACUGAUAUAGUCGAGGAGGAGAAGAAGACGCUGGAGCGGCUGAGCGAGCUCCACGUCGAGAUACAGUGCCAGGAGAGAUGGCGGCAAGUCGACGAGGGCAGGACAGCCCGAGGCCUUCCGCAGCAGAACCACAACCCUAACUACUCGGGUUUCGCAGCGCCGCCGGCUCCGCCAUGGCCCUACGGAGACAUUCGGUAUCCUAAUAUGCCAUACUGGAACCCCUUUCCAGCGCCGGUGGUUUAUCCCGGACCAUACUGGGCAGGUCCAGCUCAUGUGUAUCCCCUCCACAUGCCCGAAGCACCUGACACACCCGAGGGCUUCGGGGCAGGCGGCACCUUUGUUGCCAGUGGCAGUAAUACAUUGAACGACGGGUCUGUCAGCCAUUCGGAAACGGCUGAGGGAGACCACCCCGAGGCGGAACAGGGGCGGCGGAGCACGCCUUCUACCACUGGCGAAGACGAGAUGGAAUAUGCCUGGUCUCGGAGAGAUUCUGUAUGAUUUUAGACUGUCUAGGGUAUUGGCACGGUUUUCUAGGGGCAUACUGCGAAGGGGGGAUAACAUGGAAUUGUUUGGAUAAGGGAAGGUUCAUAAGUCAUCGAUUAGAGUGUUCAUAAUGAGAGUGAGAAAUCUACUGUUUUUUUUUCUUUUGUCUCGGAGAGCAGGAGUAAGACUAUUAUUACGGAUAGGAUAGGAUAGGAACCCAGUAA